AAGACACUCCCUGUUCCUUAUUUUAUGAUUAAAUUCAUUUUUACUGGUAAAAUAUGUCUAUAAUUGAGUGAUUUUUGAUAACGGUGUAUCAUGAUCAACUACCGUUAGUAUUUGACGCAUCGUGUUGCAUUUACAAUAAACAUGUCUACAAUGUCGAGGUCAGUUCAUAUUAGCCAGCAGAAGCUGGCAGAGAAGCUCAUCAUCCUCAACGACCGUGGAAUUGGUAUGCUUACACGGAUCUACAACAUCAAGAAAGCAUGUGGUGAUGCUAAAUCCAAACCUGCAUUCCUGUCUGACAAAACUCUUGAAUCAUCAAUCAAACACAUUGUUCGAAGAUUCCCAAACAUUGAUGUGAAGGGCCUUCAAGCCAUUUCCCACAUAAGAAAUGACAUAAUCAAGUCUCUCUCAUUGUACUACUACACUUUUGUAGAUCUUUUAGAUUUCAAAGAUAAUGUUAGUGACUUGCUCAACACCAUGGCGGCAUGUCAAGUCACACUUGACUUGACUCUCAACUUUGAGCUGACUAAGAAUUACCUCGACUUGGUCACUACUUACGUAUCCCUUAUGAUCUUGCUAUCUCGCGUUGAAGACCGCAAAGCAGUUUUGGGUCUUUUCAAUGCCGCACAUGAAAUGGUUCACAACCAAAUAGAUGCCAGUUUCCCGCGUUUGGGUCAACUGAUUGUUGAUUAUGACGCUCCACUAAAAAAAUUGUCGGAGGAAUUUGCUCCCCAUCAAAAAAUAUUGGCCAGUGCCUUAAAUUCCUUGUGGCAUGUGUAUCCAGCCAGAAACAUGACUGCAGAACACUGGAGAUCAGAGCAGAAGUUGAGUUUAGUUAGUAAUCCGGCGCAGCUCCUUAAACCAUCGGAAACGAAUACGAUGUCUUGUGAAUAUGUAUCAUUGGAAUCCUUGGAGAGAUGGGUCAUAUUUGGUUUUGCGCUCUGUCAUCAAAUGCUAUCGCAAGAUCAUGCCAAUAAGAUGUGGGUAAGUGCCUUGGAGUCUGGUUGGGUUCUGGCAUUAUUCCGUGACGAGGUAAUCUACAUUCACACGUACAUUCAAAGUUUUUUUGAUGGAAUAAAAAGCUACGGGAAAAGAGUAUCUGAAGUGAAAGAUUGCUAUCACCACGCAGUACAAAAGGCAGGCUAUAAACACAGAGAAAGACGAAAGUUUUUACGAACAGCCCUAAAGGAGCUCGGUCUCAUCUUGACUGACCAGCCAGGUCUGUUGGGUCCAAAAGCCCUGUUAAUAUUUAUCGGUCUAUGCUAUGCUCGGGACGAAGUGUUCUGGCUGUUGCGCCACAAUGACAAUCCACCGCAGAAAGUGAAAGGCAAGGCUGCUGAAGACUUGGUAGACCGCCAGCUCCCAGAACUGCUGUUCCACAUGGAAGAGCUGAGAGCGUUGGUUCGAAAAUACAGUCAAGUUAUGCAGAGAUACUAUGUCCAGUACCUGUCUGGGUUUGAUGCUGUGGCCUUGAAUCUGAUGAUACAAAAUCUUCAAGUCUGCCCAGAGGACGAAAGUAUAAUAUUGUCAUCCUUAUGCAAUACUGCUGCCAACAUGAAUGUAAAGCAGGUCGAGGAUAACGAACUCUUUGAUUUCCGAGCUUUCCGAUUGGACUGGUUCAGAUUGCAGGCCUACACUUCUGUUGCUAAGACUCCUUUGAAUCUAGUAGAUCACAGAGAACUGGCGCAAUUCAUAGACAAAAUGGUCUUCCAUACUAAAAUGGUUGAUAAUCUCGAUGAAAUAAUGGUCGAAACUUCUGACUUGUCCUUGUUCUGUUUUUACAGCAAGAUAUUUGAGAGCCAAUUCCACAUGUGCCUCGAGUUCCCAGCGCAAAACAGGUAUAUCAUUGCGUUCCCCCUGAUUUGUAGUCACUUCCAGAACUGCACGCAUGAGUUAUGCCCUGAAGAAAGACAUCAUAUUCGAGAACGGAGUUUGUCGGUGGUAAACAUAUACUUGGAUGAGAUGGCAAAAGAGGCAAAAAAUAUUAUCACAACGAUCUGUGACGAGCAAUGCACAAUGAGCGACAAGUUGCUUCCGAAACAUUGCGCACAAACAAUUGCCCAUUUGGCCAACAGAAAAAAGAAAGAUAAAAAUAAGAAAAACACGAUUGAAAUUGUUAAGCCUGGAGCAGAGAGCUACAGAAAGACCAGAGAGGAAUUGACCACCAUGGACAAGUUGCAUAUGGCACUUACAGAACUUUGCUUUGCAAUUAACUACUGUACUACUGUUAACGUUUGGGAAUACACAUUCGCUCCCCGCGAAUACCUUCACCAGCAUUUAGAAAACAGAUUCUCGAAGGCGUUGGUUGGAAUGGUAAUGUUCAACCAAGACACCAGUGAAAUUGCGAAGCCGUCAGAGCUACUGGUUAGCGUCAAGGCAUACAUGAAUGUAUUGCAAAGCGUCGAGAACUACGUACACAUCGAUAUUACAAGAGUGUUCAACAACUGCCUCCUGCAACAGACGCAAAAUAUGGAUAGCCACGGGGAAAAGACGAUUGCGUCGUUAUAUACGCAAUGGUAUUCUGAAAUCUUAUUAAGAAGAGUAAGUGCCGGAAGCAUCUGUUUUUCGAUGAACCAGAAGGCGUUUGUGAGCCUCACUGCAGAAGGGGCGAUUCCAUUCAACGCUGAGGAAUAUUCUGAUAUCAACGAAUUGCGAGCUCUCGCCGAACUAAUCGGGCCGUACGGCAUGAAGUUACUGAGCGAAACCUUGAUGUGGCAUAUAUCGAGCCAGGUCCAGGAGCUGAAGAAACUUGUAGUCCAGAACAAAGAAGUGCUUCAAAUGCUCAGAACGAACUUUGACAAACCGGAAAUAAUGAGAGAACAGUUCAGAAGGCUGCAACACGUGGACAAUGUUUUGCAAAGGAUUACAAUAAUUGGCGUAAUUUUGAGCUUCCGGCAGGUGGCGCAAGAGUCGUUGCUUGAUGUAUUGGAGCGACGGAUUCCCUUCCUGAUAAGUUCUAUUAAGGACUUCCAGCAGCAGCUGCCCAGCGGCGACCCCAUGCGGGUGAUAUCGGAGAUGUGUUCCGCCGCAGGGUUGCCCUGCAAAGUGGACCCUACUCUCGCGUCUGCGCUGCGGCAAAACAAAUCUGAGCUGGAGGAAGAAGAACACCUGGUGGUGUGUCUGUUGAUGGUGUUCGUGGCCGUGUCGCUUCCGAGACUCGCGCGCAGUGAGGGCUCCUUCUACAGACCAUCUCUCGAAGGCCACGCGAACAACAUUCACUGCAUGGCACCCGCGAUCAAUCACAUAUUUGGAGCAUUGUUUACCAUAUGUGGUCAAGGCGAUAUUGAGGAUCGUAUGAAGGAAUUUCUAGCUCUCGCAUCUUCGUCCUUAUUACGUCUGGGACAGGAAACGGAUAAAGAACUUAUCAAAAACCGUGAAUCUGUUUACUUGUUGCUCGAUCUCAUAGUUCAGGAGUCACCGUUCCUUACUAUGGAUUUGUUGGAGUCUUGCUUCCCGUAUGUAUUGAUACGUAAUGCUUAUCAUGAAGUUUACAAGCAAGAACAAAUGCUUUUGCAUUCGUAAAAAUAUUUUUAAGGCAAUAACAAGAAAGACAAUUGUAAAUUGAGCAUUCAAUUUUAUAAAAUGCGUCAAUUUUUUAUACUUUAUUGUUGUAGAUACGUUUUAACAAUAUAAUUAAUAUAAUUUAUGAAGUCCCGCCUUUAAUGCACUUCGAAACUUUUGAGCUUUUCUAGUUUCUUCAUUUUUGGCUUUAUAAGGCUAUGCAUUUAUUUAAUUUGGUAGAGAUUUUGCAUUUGAUUGUGUCAUACGAUAGACUCGUGUUGAAUGUUUGAUAGUAAAUUGGUUAUGAAACUGAAUUCUAAUGAAAUACUUUGUUAAUGUAACGUCACAAUUAAAUGAUAUGUCAGUUAUGACUUUCGAUGAUAAACGUUAGGCAUUUAACCUAAUUGCAUAUUCCACAACAUCUACAUUCUGUUAUAAAGACUGGUCAGAAUAUUCCUGUCGUGUUUGUAAUAAAAUAAUGAUUAAGAAAUACGUUAUUAAUUAAGCUGUUAGAUAUAAACUAAGAGAUUCAAUUUAUUAUGUUAUUUUCUAUACUUAUUUAAGUUAAUUAACUGCCCGCCUUGGUCGUCGUACGAAAAGUAUGAACGAAUGUCAUAGUAAUUAUAAUUGGAUGAAUAUAGAUUCGAGAUGGCCUCUGCCAUGGAAUUGAAUAUUUUUACUGAUGAAAAUGUUAGCGACACAUUUUUAAAUGCUUUUGUACCUUUGUAGGCUGACUUAUUAUUUGGACGCGUUUACGCUAGGUCAGGGUUGGCACACUUUUGAGGUGAAGUGUUAACAACAGUAGAAAUCAAUAGAUUUAAGAUGAUCAGAGUAGCCAAUGUGUGUUUCAGAUGCCUAAGAUGUUCAACAACUGAACUAGUGUAAAUGUGCCCUUACUCUUUUGCACGGCUAAUGAGAAAGAGUCUUUUAGUGCUGAUCUACUAAAUACGUAGCGACUGAUAGUACAAUCUUAACAAAACUGAUAGACCCAAUUAUGUCAUGACCAUGACUUGAAUACUGUAUUAUUAAUGUUAUUUAAAUACUGUAUUUAUUCGAGCGCUUGCCUCGGUUCUGUAUAAGUGAAAUUAUGUUUGGGCUGCGUCCUAGAAACCGCAAUGUACGUUAGGUUUAGUGUAAAUCCAUACAUUCUAUACAGUUUUAUACCCAGCGUGUAAAUACACUUACAUAUAUUAAAAACAAAUAUGAAAUAAUA